AAUUCUGAUGCACUGAAGUAACCUCUAAUCUAACAACAUUAGAUCUUUUCACUUUUCUUUAUAUCAUGUCUUUAGCACCAGUACAAAUUUUUAAGGAUGAAGCAACGGAGGAACGCGCUGAGAACGCGCGUUUGUCUUCUUUCAUUGGGGCGAUCGCUAUUGGUGACCUGGUAAAGAGUACAUUGGGACCAAAGGGAAUGGAUAAGAUCUUACAAUCGGUGACUCAAGGCGAUAUAAUGGUAACGAAUGAUGGUGCCACAAUACUCAAAAAUAUCGCUCUUGAUAACGCAGCUGCUAAGGUUUUAGUUAAUAUAUCUAAAGUUCAAGAUGAUGAGGUUGGCGACGGAACAACAUCUGUUUGCGUUCUUGCAGCGGAGUUAUUGCGCGAAGCUGAAAGGCUCGUAAACCAAAAAAUCCACCCUCAAACUAUUAUUGAAGGUUAUCGUAUUGCUAAUGCUGCAGCAUUUAAGGCCUUAGAGGCAUCCGCUGUUGAUAACGGAGCGAAUCCGGAAAUUUUUCGCAGGGAUUUAAUUAACAUUGCUCGAACUACUUUGAGCUCUAAAGUUUUAUCGCAAGAUAAAGAUUAUUUUGCUAAUCUUGCUGUUGACGCUGUUUUAAGGCUCAAAGGCAGUACAAAUCUUGAACACAUUCAAAUCAUCAAAAAGGUUGGUGGUAGACUUAUUGAUUCCUAUCUUGAUGAAGGAUUUAUUCUGGACAAAAAAAUCGGUGUAAACCAGCCAAAGAGGAUUGAAAACGCAAAAAUUUUGAUUGCAAAUACACCGAUGGAUACCGACAAGAUUAAAAUCUUUGGUGCGCGUGUUCGCGUUGAUGCUACUGGCAAAUUAGCAGAAUUGGAAAGGGCUGAACGUGACAAAAUGAAGGAAAAAGUUGAAAAGAUCAAGUCGCAUGGCAUAAAUUGUUUUGUCAAUCGUCAAUUAAUCUAUAAUUGGCCCGAGCAACUAUUUGCUGAUUCUAGUAUCGUGUCAAUUGAGCAUGCGGACUUUGAUGGUGUUGAAAGAUUAGCUUUAGUUACCGGCGGUGAAAUUGCAUCAACAUUUGAUCAUCCCGAACUUGUAAAACUUGGUCAUUGUGAUCUUAUUGAAGAAACUAUUAUUGGAGAAGACAAGUUGAUAAAAUUUUCCGGAGUAGCCGCCGGCGAAGCUUGUACGAUUGUACUACGUGGAGCUACAAAUCAAUUGUUAGAUGAAGCUGAACGAUCGUUGCAUGAUGCAUUGAGUGUGUUAUCACAAACUGUAAAGGAAACACGUACAGUGCUAGGCGGAGGUUGUUCAGAAAUGUUAAUGUCUAAAGCAGUUGAUGAAAUGGCAGCAAAAACUGCUGGUAAGAAAGCUAUUGCGAUUGAAUCUUUUGCAAAGGCUUUAAGACAAAUUCCUACUAUUUUGGCUGAUAAUGCUGGUUAUGAUAGUGCAGAUCUAGUUUCUAGACUGCGUGCUGCUCAUAACGAGGGAAAGUCGACGUACGGCUUAGAUAUGGAAAAUAACAAUAUUGGAGAUGUGCGUGAAAAAGGGGUCACUGAAUCAUUUAAGCUUAAGCAACAAAUUUUAAUUAGUGCAUCAGAGGCUGCAGAAAUGAUUUUACGCGUAGAUGAUAUUAUUCGAUGUGCGCCAAGGAAACGUGAAGGACAAUGAGAGAUUAAAAGGUAAUUUAUGGAUUGCGUAGCAUUAUACAUAUUUAUAAUUUUUUUACAAAAAAAAUUUUGAAACGGCUAAAUUUAAAUAAAUAAAGUUUAUUUCACGUGAUUCCUAUUUGUUAAUAAUAUAGUUCGGGCCGUUCGGGCCGAAACUUUUAAAAACGCGGCAGCGCGUUGCCAAAUCUUCCUGGGCUGGUUGGACUUAC